CUGGGGUUAGCAGGCAGCACAGACACACAGAGUCCUUUAAUUGGGGUUGAAUUUCAGCGUCCCGAAGUCUGGAGCCCUUGAAGUGCUGGUUGGGUGCUCCUGCCUCUGUAGUUAAAAUGCUCUGCCCUGUCAGAGCCAGCUUUGCCUUCCCCUGCCCUAUCUCACAGCAGCAUUGGACCCAAACAAGGGCAGGUCCCGGAGCUCUGAACAACUCUUUAUUUGUUGAGGUUUCUUUUUCUCUCUUUCCCCCUUCCUUCCCUUUGAAUGAAAUUCCUGCCAGCUCCGAGAGGGAGAGAGAGAGGGGAAAAAGAGUAGAAAGUUUAACUCCUCCCAUUGGAGCAUCUCACGCCCCUGCCCAGCCCUUGAAACCCAAUAACCAAGAUCAUUCAACAAUGCCUCCCCUUCCCUGGCUGCAUCCUUACCUCUCUCCGACCUGCCGGCGGUACCCUGCCCGCUGCACGCCAGGCAGCAGGAUCGCUGCCCUCCAUCCAGCCCAGCCGCAGCACCGGAGCGAGCCGGCGGCACCGGGGCAGGCAAGGAUGGACACGCUCUUCUUCUGGGGCAUUCUCCUGGCCUCUUCCACCAGCGUCCAGGCAGUGCCCGCAGAGCAAGGUGCUGCACCCUCCUGCCCACCCCAGUGCCACUGCGAAGAGGAUGGCAUCGUGCUCUCGGUGGACUGCUCCGAGCUGGGGCUUUCGGAGGUCCCUGCCAACCUGAGCCCUCUAACAGCUUACCUAGAUCUGAGCAUGAACAACAUCAGCCAGCUGCAGCCCAGGACUCUCCGUCACCUGCGCUUCCUGGAGGAGCUACGCCUCUCUGGAAACCAGAUCUCCAGGAUCCCAGGGGAAGCUUUCUCUGGCCUCUACAGCCUGAAGAUCCUGAUGCUGCAGAACAAUCAGAUGAGCUGCAUCCCUGCAGAGGCACUGAGAGAUCUUCCAAACCUCCAAUCUCUACGCCUGGAUGCAAACCUUAUCUCUGUGGUGCCCGAGAAGAGCUUUGAGGGGCUGCUUUCCUUGCGUCACCUAUGGCUGGAUGAUAAUGCCCUGACGGAGAUCCCUGUCCAAGCUCUGAACCACCUGCCAGCGCUGCAAGCCAUGACCCUGGCUCUCAACCAGAUCUGGCACAUCCCCGAUUAUGCCUUCCAGAACCUCAGCAGCCUCGUGGUGCUGCACCUGCACAACAACCGCAUCCAAAGCCUGGGAGCCAACGGCUUCGAUGGGCUGCACAGCUUGGAAACCCUGUGAGUCCCCUCUUUUCUUCUCUAUCCUG